CUUCAUUAAGAAAUCAUACCUUACAAACCAUCAGAGAACACAUACACAGGAGAAACCUUAUGUGUGUACCAAAUGUGAGAAAUCUUUCUGCCAGAAGUCAAACCUAACUGUUCAUCAGAGAAUCCACACAGGGGAAAAACCCUAUGGAUGUAAUGAAUGCGGGGAAUCUUUCUGCCAAAUGUCAGCCCUUGUCUAUCAUCACAGAAUACACACAGGAGAGAAACCCUAUGAAUGUAUUCAGUGUGGGAAAACCUUCUACCAGAAGUCAGCCCUUGGUGUACAUCAGCGAACUCACACAGGGGAGAAACCCUAUGAGUGUAAUGAAUGUGGGGAAACCUUUUACCAGAAGUCAGUCCUCACUGUACACCACAGAACUCACACAGGUGAGAAACCAUAUGAAUGUAAAGAAUGUAGGAAAACUUUCUACAAUAAAUCAGCCCUCACCGUACAUCAGCGAACUCACACAGGGGAGAAACCAUACGAAUGUAAAGAAUGUAGAAAAACCUUCGCCCAGAAGUCAAAACUCACAGUACAUCAGAGAACUCACACAGGGGAAAAACCCUAUGAAUGUAAUGAAUGUAGAAAAACUUUUUGCCUCAAUUCAGUUCUUACUAUACAUCAGAGAACUCACACUGGGGAAAAACCUUAUGAAUGUAAUAAAUGUGGGAAAACCUUCAGCCAAAAAUCAAACCUCAGGAUGCAUCAGGGUACUCACACAGGGGAAAAACCCUACGAAUGUAGUGACUGUGGAAAAACCUUCCACCAGAAGGCAGUCCUCACUACACAUCAGAGAACUCACACAGGGGAAAAACCCUACAAAUGUAAUGAAUGUGGAAAAUCCUUUAGCCAGAAGUCAAACCUCAGGAUGCAUCAGAGUACUCAUACAGGGGAGAAACCUUAUGAAUGUAAUGAAUGUGGAAAAUCCUUCUACCAAAAGUCAGUCCUCGCUACGCACCAGAGAACUCACACAGGGGAAAAACCCUAUGAAUGUAAUGAAUGUGGAAAAACCUUUCGCCAAAGGGCAAACUAUAGCAGGCAUCAGAAAAUUCACCUGGGAGAGAAACCCUAUGAAUGUAAUGCGUGUGGGGAAACCUUCUACCAGAAGUCAUCUUUCACUGUGCAUCAGAGAUCUCACACAGGUAAGAAAUCCUAUGAAUGUAAUGAAUGUGGGAAAAUAUUCUACCAGAAGUCAUCCCUCACCAUACAUGAAAGAAUUCACACUGGGGAGAAGCCCUAUGAAUGUAUCGAAUGUGGGAAAACCUUUUGCCAGAAGUCAACCCUCAAUAGACAUCAGAGAACUCAUGGAGGUGAGAAACCAUAUGAAUGUAAAGAAUGUAGGAAAGGGUUCUACCAGAAGUCAGCCCUCACACUGCAUCACAGAACUCACACAUGUGAGAAGGCCUAUUAAUGUAUUGACAGUGACAAGCCAUCACCAAAACAGAUGUUACAGUACAUCAGAGGAUAUGUACAGGGAAUAAAUCCUGUACAUUUAACCAAUGUGAGAAAUUUUUCAGCCUUAAAUCAUGCCUUACUAUGUGUCCAUCAGAGAAUUCACACAGGGAAAAACUCUAUGGCUGUAAUGAAUGUUGGAAAAACCUUUUAGUAAAUGUCAAACCUCAGGCAUCAGGAAAUUCACACAGGAGAGAAACACUAAGAAUGUAAUGAAUAUAGGAACACCUUUUGGCUGAAGUCACACUUCAGGUAUCAGGGAACUCAUAUAG